AUGCUUGCAGAGCUGGUCCAGCGAGACCCUCUGCUGCUGCUGCUGCUGGCUCACCUGCCACAUGGCCGCCUCCUCGCUAGUCCUCCGUGCCUGCGCAAUGCGCCUAAUCUCCUUAAUAACCUUAAGCUGCAGAGAAGGUCCUCCACAGUCCUCACAGCGCGGCACAUGCGAUGCUUUAGUGCAGGCUCUAGCUUAGGCGCCAGCUUAAGCGCUGCUGGCAGAGGCGAUAGGCUAGGCGAGCGCGCAGACGGCGUAGGCGCGAUGCUGGCCUGGGCAGAGGUAUACCUGCUUAAAUCUACGUCUGCCAGCGACGGCGGCGCAGCUGCUGUGUGCCUGAGUGGAGGUGGUGGCAGCAGCAGACCGCCCUGCGCCUGCGACGCCUCCAGGUAG